AUGGGAAACCCUUUUACAAAGUUUAAUACUAUUCAAAAACCUUAAUUAAUUAUGUUGGGAUUAGAUGCAGUAGGAAAAACAACUAUAUUAUACAAAUUAAAAUUAGGAGAUAUUGAAAGUAUUGUUCCAAUAAAUGGAUAUAAUUUUGAGAAAAUUUAAAUUAAGCAAUUUGAUAUAAUUUCUUGGGAUAUUGGAGAACCUGAUAAAAUAAGAGUAUUUUGGAAGCCUUUCUUUUAGAAAAGCGAUGGAUUAAUUUUUGUAAUUGAUUGUUCUGACAAAGAAAGAAUGUGUGAAGCAAAAGAAGAAUUACAUAAAUUGUUGCUUGAUACGUUACUAGUUGACUUACCAACUUUAAUAUAUGCAAAUAAAUAAGAUUUAUCAUAAAUGAGCCCUUCUGAUUUGGCUUCUGAAUUGAACCUUCAAAAAUUUUCUAACAAUUGGCAUAUUCAACCUUGUUGUGCAACUACUGGUGAAGGAGUUGAAAAUGGUCUGAAAUGGAUUUAAGAAUAGUUAGUGCUAAAAUGA